UAUAUCAACAUAAUAUCGCAUUGAAAUGUCACUAGAGGGUUUGCUCGAGCUGCAAAGCCUCAGUGUCAACGCCAAGGUUGCACAGAUACUCAAGAAUCAUCUAGACACUGACCAUCCAGACUUGGUUGACUUCAUCAUACACUUAGCGAAACGCGCGCGGAAUGCAACUGAGUUUAACAAACUUCUAGAUGAAAAUGAUGCUGAGAUGCCCUUGGCACUUGGUGAACAGCUAUUCAAUACCGUGAUGGCACUGAGCACAAACCAACCACGUGGUGGCACAUGGGAUGAUAUCAUAUCAUCUGAAAAUGAUGAUCGUCUCAACUUUCCCGCACUAUGUAUGAAAAACAUCGCAACGCAAACACAGGAUAUAUAUAAGUUAGAACCUAAAAAGGAUGGCGAAUUGUCUGAGGCUGCUAAGAAGUUGCUUGAACAGGAGACUGUUGCCAGCUACCAGAGAGACCGGGGGGAUGAUGUAAGAUCAAGGAGCGACCGAUAUGCACGAGAUUAUCAUGAUAGGGAUAGAUAUAGUGACAGACACCAUUCUCGUGGUGAUGAAUAUAGGCAUAGAGAUCGUACUGAACGAGUAUAUCGCAACAGGGAGGACAGAAGUAGAAGAAGUGCCAGCAGCAGUCCCGAGUCAUUACCCUACCUAGAUGAUAAAGGUGCAAUAUUUAAGGGGCGAGUAACAAAAGUGGUAGAGUUUGGGGGUUUUGUAAGGUUCAAAAGUAAAAAUGGCAUUCACUCCGGUUUGGUCCACGUGUCUGAGAUACUACCGGGAAAUCGCAGACUUUCUGAAGCAAGUGAAGCCUUGAAAGAAGAUAUGGUAGUAUAUGUAAAGAAGAUUGGUAUGAAAAACGAUAAAAUAAGCUUAUCAAUGAAAUCAGUUGACCAGAAAACAGGAAGAGACCUAUGUAGUGGACACCAGGAUUCCAUGCAGUCUUAUUACACCAUGGGAGCCCCUAUGUUGCAGAAUACUGCAUCAAGUUCUGACGCUAUCUUAGAUUACUCCAAUGGCAUGGACGGCAGGAAGCGCCGUAUGAUGACUGACCUUGAGCGCUGGGAGCACCAGCAACUUGUAAACAGUGGCGUUCUCCCCAAGAGCGAACGUGUUGCAAUGGACCUGGCUGCUCAGCAUGAACCUGAGUUAGAUGAAGAAAUAGAUAUCGAGAUCAAUGACGCGUGUCCCACGUUUCUGAAAGGACAGACCAGAAGAUCAGGCAUCGAACUGUCACCCAUAAAGAUUGUAUCGAAUCCUGAAGGAUCACUAGCAAGGACUAUCGCAACAAGUUCCACUAUUGCCAAAGAGCGUAGGGAGACUGAACGUAUGCAAGAGGACACUAUACAGCGUUCUGCCGGUGCUGGCAGCAUGACCAACAACAGCACGUCGCAAUUUAUGGAAGAGCUGCGUCGCAUGAAUAUGAAACAACGCAGAGAAGGUGCAUUACAUGAUAAGCGAGAUCCUGGCACUCGGAAGGAUGGCCACAAUGCCAUCAAGACUAUCCAAGAACAACGGGAGUCUCUGCCAAUCUUUGCAUUGCGCGACGAGCUUUUGCAGGCAGUGCAAGAAAACGAUAUUUUAAUUGUAGUUGGAGAGACAGGUAGCGGUAAGAGCACACAGAUACCUCAGUACCUUGCUGAAAGCGGUUAUACAUCUGGGAGUGAUGGAGAGUCCAUGGUUAUUGGUUGCACCCAACCAAGAAGGGUGGCUGCAAUGUCUGUUGCCAAACGUGUGUCGGAAGAAGUUGGCUGCAGAUUAGGGCAGGAAGUAGGUUAUUGCAUCAGGUUCGAGGAUUGUACCACGAAAGAUACGGUGAUAAAGUUUAUGACCGACGGUAUGCUGCUUCGCGAGGUUUUACAAGAUCCCUUGCUGGAACAAUACGCUUGCAUCAUGCUAGACGAGGCACACGAACGUACCAUUGCAACCGAUGUUCUAUUCGCACUCUUAAAGAACUGCUGCAGCAAGCGUGAAAAUUUCAAGUUAAUAGUGACUUCCGCCACCCUGGAAGCUGAGAAGUUUUCGACGUACUUCAACGAUGCCAGCAUCUUCUCUAUACCGGGGCGCAUGUUCCCCGUGGAGAUACUUCACACCACUGACCAAGAAAGCGACUACAUGGAGGCAUCGCUGAUUACCGUGCUCAAUAUCCAUCUCAACGAGCCGGCAGGUGAUAUCCUACUGUUCCUGACCGGACAAGAAGAGAUUGACGUGGCCUGCAGGACACUGCAUGAGCGUAUGAAACGUCUGGAAUCAAUGUCACCUCCGCCGUUGAUAAUUCUGCCGGUAUAUGCAGCAUUACCCGGGGAGAUGCAAGGGGCAAUUUUCGAGCCCACCCCGCCAGGAUGCAGAAAGUGCGUUAUCGCUACUAACAUCGCGGAAGCGUCACUUACAAUAGAUGGUAUUUUCUAUGUCAUUGACCCUGGUUUUGCCAAGGUUAAGCGUUACAAUCCGCGUACCGGGAUGGAGUCUCUUGUGGUAGUACCUAUAUCGCAAGCCAGUGCUAAGCAGCGUGCUGGUAGGGCUGGAAGAACGGGCCCUGGAAAAUGCUACCGACUAUACACCGAGGAUGCCUACAGAUCUGAAAUGCUGCCUACAGCAGUACCGGAAAUCCAGCGGACCAAUUUGGCCAAUGUGGUCAUCCUAUUAAAAGCAAUGGGCAUCAACGAUUUCCUCAACUUUGAUUUUAUGGACAAGCCGCCUGUGGAGACUCUGAUCGAUGCUUUGGACAAUUUGUACCAUCUAGGCGCCUUGGAUGAUGAGGGCCUUUUGACCCGUUUGGGUCGCAAGAUGGCUGAAUUUCCAAUGGACCCCAACCUAGCCAAGAUGCUGCUGACGUCUGUAGACCUCGAGUGCUCCGAUGAGGUUAUCACCAUUGUCUCCAUGCUCUCGAUACAGAAUAUAUUCUACAGACCACAGGACAAACAGGCGGAGGCUGACAGAGCGAAAUCUAGAUUUACACAAGCUGAAGGUGACCAUUUGACGUUGCUCUAUGUAUAUAAUCAGUGGCGCAAGAACAAGUUUUCCUCUGUAUGGUGUCAUGAAAACUUUCUCCAGUCACGAGCACUCUUAAGGGCUCAGGAUGUGAGGAAGCAGUUAAUAUCUAUUAUGGACAGGUAUCGCUUCAAAGUGGUGUCUUGUGGCAACAAUGCUGAGGUGAUUUCUAAAUCAGUCUGUGCCGGAUACUUCCAUCAUUCAGCUAGGAGGGACCCUCAAGAAGGCUAUCGCACAAUUGUAGAUCAGCAAAAUGUAUUUAUACACCCGUCUUCCGCGCUGUAUAACAGAUCGCCAGAGUAUGUCGUCUACCACGAAUUGGUGAUGACCACCAAGGAAUACAUGCGCGACCUCACUAUAGUAAAGGCACAGUGGCUCUUGGAGUUAGCGCCUUCAAUGUUCAAGCGCUCCGAAGGAGUGAGUAAGUCAAAGAUGGGUCAGAAGAUUGAGCCGCUCCAUAACAAGUUCGAGGAGAAGGAUGGCUGGAGGUUGUCAAAGCGCCGUGGCUAGGUGC